AUGCCAGUUCCGCCUCAAAUUAAAAAAGCUGUUGACGAUGUCGACAGACAACUGCACCAGGAAGGCCCCCUGACCAACGUUUUGGCCACCGUCGAGGCCAAAACCGGCGUCAAACGUCUUCAUAUCGUUCUCGGUGUGUAGAAAAAUGAAUAGGAGCCUUUUAAAAGUUAUUAGUGCUAAUUAUAGUAGUUUUUUGUGGUCUAGUAUAACUCCGGGUUCUAAAGUGUCUACUGAAAUCUUCUCAGACAUUAGAACUUUUUUCGCGAGGGUAGUUUUAUUUCUUUACUGUCAGAACAAAGCAAAUAAUUAGGGUACAGAUAGGAAAGGGGAAAAUCGCAGAUAUUUUCCAAACUUUUGUGGUAGGUGUUUUUGAAAACGAAAAUAGAUAUCUGCUAAGGGUGCUGGAAAAGCCCAGAAGACCAUGAAGUAUCGCAAAAGAACAUGAUUCGCAUUCAAAUUUCAUUUUCUGUACAUUUUCGGUCAUGUGUCCCUCGGUAAGCAGACCAUUAUUCAAUUACCGAGUGUUCAUACCGAGGAAUCCCUACCAAAGAAUAUUUAACUAGUUUUUUUUUUACCUUAGCCACAUCCCUAGUCCGUAUUUUCGAGGCUUAAAAUAAUACUGCGCCUUUCAAAAACCUUUGAAAACCACAAAAAAAGAUUUUUUUAAGAGGUUUUUUUAGAAGAAAAAAACAUGAAAAAAAUUGGAUUUAACGAUGCUUUUUAUUGUUGCAAAGACAUUAGAGAGAAAGGAUAAAAAAAGUGAAAAAAAUCCUUGUAUUUUUUUUGUUUGUAUUCUUGGCUGAAAAUUGGAAAAGAAUUUAUUUAAUAAUUCAUUUGCCUUUGUGAAAUGAUCACGGGAUUAGCAGGUAAGUUAUCAAACCAUAGCAAGUAAAAAAAUUCAAUUUUUUUAAAAAAUCCAUUUUUUUGUUAGUUUUUUUGGAGCAGAGUUCAAUAUUAGUUUACACUUGAUCUAGAGAUAAUUUCGGUCAAUUUUUAGAAUAUUAUGAUUGGAAAAUAAAACUUGAAUCCUUUUAAGACGUGCGAAAAUUAUGAACUCAUGGACAUAAUCUUUAUAGGAAGUUUUUAAUCAAGGAAUCCAUUAUCUCAAUUUGUAAAACUUAUAGUAUUCAUCGCACCUCUACCAUACAGAAAAAUCAUCAAAAUCGGAGAUUUUUUUAAAAAAUAAAAAAAAAUAGUAAAUUACCUUCAAGAUCGAUGAAAAAUAGUAUUGAUACAACGGAAAACAGAAUGAAAAAAAAAAAAAAAAUUGUGUUUCCUCAUUGUUUUAUGAAAGUUUUCCUGAUCAAGUAUUUCAUAGAUUUAGGAAAAUGUGACACUUUUUUUGAACUGAACUUUGAAAGUUCUGUUAGUUAUAUUAUGAAAGUAAAUGACGUGUUAAAAGUAAUUUGCGAAAUUCAAACUUUUUUCCGACUCUCUCAAUUUUAGUUAUAUUUUUUCCCUCUCGGACAGCUAUUUCGUAUCGCAAAAUCACUUUGAACACGGCGAAAUAAUUUCAAGAAUAUUUUAGGGUAGUUUGCUGUUUUCAAGGCUGCUUACAUCUAGAUUUUCCUUUUUCGAAGGAUUUUGUUUUUUGUGGAAAUCGAAUGUGAGUUUGCAGGCGUCGCCGGUCUCCAGGCCAUCUACCUCAUUUUCGGUCAUUUUGCUGAACUCGUCUGCAACUUCAUGGGAUUCGUCUACCCGGCUUACAUGAGGUUCAUUUCAUUGCAAUCUUCCAUUGAAAAUUUUUUUUUCUUAUUACCUUUCAUUACUGUUUCUGAUCUUCUCUUUUUAUGAAGUUGUUGCAUUUUUUUAGUGUAUCCACAGGCUUGUAUCUUCAAUAUUAAUAUUCUGCAGGUUUCAUUCAAAAAAAUAAUUCGAAGUUAAGAAAAAUCAACCAUAAAAACUGAACGCCUGGUGGCGGUUAAAAUCAAAAAAAGGAAAUUGAAUAAUAAAGAAAACAAACCAUUCCUAAAGUUGAACUUUUCAAGGUAGAAUUUCGAAAAAAAUUAACAAAGAAUUUGAAAAAUUCAACUUUAAAAAGUUACUUUUAAUUCAUAAAAUCAGCCCUGAAACCUGAAAUUUUGAAAGUAUCAUUCGUAAAAAUGUUUCGAAGUUUAGAAAAUCAACCCAAAACCUGAAUUUUUGUAGAUAAAAUUCGAGAAAGAAGAAAGUAAACUCUAAAACUGAAUUGCUGAAGGUACCAUUCGAAAAAAAAACUUGAAAUUUAGAAAAUCAUUUUCAACUGUACAUAAUUAUGACGGUGAAAUUUGAGAAAACAAGUCGGAAUCUCGAAAUCCAACCCAAGAACCUGAACUUUUAAAGGUGAUGAUCGAAAAAAAAAAAUGGGGAAGAUAUUUUUUCUUGAUAUUUCAGUCAUGUUUUCGAAAAGUUCCUCACAAAAUCGAUUAAUUUUCGACAGCUUAUUUUGAGCGAAAAAGGAAGAAUUUUCAGCCCAAAACAUAUAAUUUUUCAGUAUCAAGGCGAUCGAGUCUCACACGAAGGAAGACGACACCCAGUGGCUCACUUAUUGGUUAAUUUCAACCCAGAAAACAAUUCAACUCCAACUUUUUAGGGUCGUUUUCGCGGUCCUUUCCGUCGCCGAGUUCUUCUCCAAGCAGAUUGUCGCCGUUUUCCCGGUUUAUUGGCUCUUCAAGUCGCUUUUCCUCCUCUACCUUUACCUGCCGUCGACCCUCGGCGCUGCCAAAAUCUACCACAGGUCAGAAAAAAAGUCAAUCAAUUGUUUGCAAAGAUUUUUUUCAGAUUCUUGCAGCCGAUCGUCUCGAAACACGCCAAAUCUAUCGACCAGCGUGUUGGAGACAUCGCUGGCCGCGUCAACAAUGGUGAUUUCCUUGAUUUUUUGAUUGAAACAGAGAUUUCUAUCUAUUUCAGAUUAGUUUAGAAAGCUAGAAAUUUGAACUUUCACUAGAAUUUUUCUAAGCGCUGAAAGCUCGUUUUAAAAGGCGCAGAAGUCUUUUUUGGCCCAAAACAAUACUAGAAAAAUUCCCAGAAUAAACGGAAAAAAGUCCUUUUUAAUUCGAUUUGUAAUUUAAUAAUUGGAUAGUUGAAACUAUGAUUCAGAUAAUUUCUUCAUUUUCAUAAAGUUGGAAAGUUUAACUUAUCUGAGAUUUUUCAAAGCCUUCAGAAGUUUUUUUCGGGUUUUAAAAGACGCAGUGGUUUGACCAAAAAAACAGUCUAUAAACAAAUCCUGAUUGAACGAAAAAAAGUCCUUUUUAAUUUAAAAAAAUGUGUAGUUUCUUCGAUUUGAUAGUUUAAUCUAUAAUUUAGUUCGAUUUUUUUCUUUUAGAAAGUUAGGAUAUGUGAUAGCCAAACUGGUGGUUUUUUUCUGUGUUUUUCUGUUCGUCGAAAUUUUUUUAAUGACGCAGAGGUAUUUUUGGCCUGAAGUUAUACAAAAAAACUCUUUAAUAUCCUGGAGAAAAACCCUUUUUUUAAAAAUAAAAAAACUUUGAAAAAAAUCACAAUAAUCUAUUUUUUUAUUCCCAGUAAACAUACAUCUUUCUAUAAAUGAAUAGAAUGGUCAUAUUUAAAUUCAUCAAAAAAGUUUCAAAAAAUACUUUCUUUUUGAAUCGGAACAAGCAGGACCAGAAAAAAUGUCACUUUUUUGAAUGACAACCUGCAAAGAAGUCGGAUUGGCUCCUCAAAAAUGCGUUUUGUGUAACAAUUUUUCAUUACGAUCAUUUUUCGAGUAUAUCUUCAAUUUUUCAGCUGCUUCGAACUUCAUCAACGAGGUCAAAGAACGUCGCGAUUAA